AUGCCGCCAAAAGCAAAAGCGGUCGCAGCAGCAGCAGCCACAGCGGUGCGAGUGACGCGGUCGCGCGGUGCCAGUGCCGUCGCCGUAGCGGGUGCCGACAACCCCUUCCUCGAGGUCAAGUCUGAGCCCAAACCCGCCCCAGCCGCCCCCAAACGCACACCCAAGAAGGCCAAGGCUGAGGCCGAGCCGAGUGCCAACGGCGAUGACACCGCCGAAGCCGCCACGCCGCGCAAGAAGCGCAAGGUCGCUGCCGCGCCGGCGCCACCUGCCCCGAGGCGGAGCUACACGCCGCCUCCGCCCUUCUCGCUCCCAGACGCCGUGGCGCACCUGACCUCCGUCGACGCGCGCUUCGCGUCCCUCUUCGCGAGGACACCGUGCAAGCCGUUCCUGCACGCGAUCGCGGGCCCCGCCGCGCCGCCGUCCAUCGACCCGUUCCGCACCCUCGUGACCUCGAUCAUUGGGCAGCAGGUCAGCUGGAUGGCCGCGCGCAGCAUCACGCGCCGCUUCGUCGAGCUCUUCUUCGGCGAGAGCGCCAACGGCGGCCGGUACGACGAGGACGGCGUCUUCCCCACCCGCGAGCAGGUCGCCAAGGUCGACGUGCCGGCGCUCCGCGGCGUGGGGUUCUCCAACCGCAAGGCCGAGUAUGUGAUCGGGCUGGCGAACGACUUCGUCGCCGGCCGCCUGACGGACGACCUGCUGCUUAACGGCACGGACGAGGAGGUCGCCGCUGCGCUGAUCGCUGUACGCGGGAUAGGCCAGUGGACAGUAGACAUGUUCCUCAUCUUCUCGCUUGCGCGGCCCAAUAUCCUGCCCGUCGGCGACUUGGGCGUCCAGAAGGGCCUGCUGCGCUGGGUGUUGGCCGCGCACGGCGCGCUGCCUCCCCCGCCGGUGCGUACCCCGAAGAAGGGCAAGAAGGCGUCCGCGUCCGCGUCUGCGUCCGCAUCGCAGGAGGUUGAACCUGAGACGCCGACCAAGACCCCGCGUGCGCUCGCGCCGUCCGACUCGACAGCUACGCUAAUCGUGCCGCUCACGCCGACGGCCGAGUCGCCGUUCAACAUGUCGGCCACGCUUGUGCCGUCCACGCCCGGCGCGUCCGGCGUCCUCUCGACCCCGGGCACAAGCUUCCCCUCCACGCCCGGCCCGCCACCGGUCACCCCGAGCGCGAGCAUGAACCCCACGCUGCCGAAGAACGUGCCCGACGCGUGCCUGCACCCGCCGGACGAGUGGGCUGCCGAGCAUGCCGCGCGGGCUGCGCCGCUGCCUGACGGACUGACGAUCGCGACGCUGAAAUCGCGUCUGGCGGGCAAGAAGGCAAAAGGGAACGUGUACCUCCUCCCAGAGGAAAUGGAGGCGCUCACGCAGCAUUGGAAGCCGUACCGCUCCGUCGGGACAUUCUAUACAUGGUCGAUGAUUGGCGAGGACAACUGA